UCUAUAUAUAUGGGAAAUCAUAGUAUUAUUGAAGCCAACGCCGAAAUUAUCAUAGAGAGACUAUACACAUAUAACUUGAGAUUUAAACUCUCACAUGGGGUUUUUUUGUUUUUAGUUUUUGAGUAACUGAACUCGAGAGCUAGUAUAAGACACUCUCGCCGGAGAGUCAUGGCAGGGACAUCUUCACCGGGAAUAUGCUACACGUAUCUUGACCUGAACAGAGAAGAGACGGUGGAGAAGAAUAAUGAAGAAGAGUCAUCAGUUGAAGACGAAGACCAAGUCACGAGUAGUAACAACGUUAGACAGUAUGUUCGAUCCAACAUGCCUAGGCUUCGUUGGACGCCUGAUCUUCAUCUCUCCUUCGUUCGUGCAGUUCAACGACUAGGCGGUCCACACAGAGCGACACCAAAACUGGUUCUUCAGAUGAUGAAUCUGAAAGGAUUGAGUAUUGCACAUGUCAAAAGUCAUUCACAGAUGUAUCGAAGUAAGAAGCUCGAGCCAUCAUUGUCUCGCCAUGAGUUUGGAGCUUUCAUGAGUGGACAAAGAAGCUAUUUGAUAGACUCCAGAUGUAUUCCAUAUAGCGGCGAUUUAAGACAUGCCAAUAACUCUAAAACCGUUCCUUCAAGGGUACUCAAUCAACACGCGGCGGUCAUUACAAAUCGUGGAGGUAACUUUCUUAUGCGACCUUCUAGCUGGUUGAGCGGGUUAUGCACAAACAACCAAGACAGCAUAAAGAACAAGACUCUGCCUCUGCUCGAGAUUAGGAAGACAAUGAUCAAUGAGAAAAGAGUCCGAGAUGAAGAGGUAUCAUCAGUCAAACGCAUGAAAUCAAUAUCCGGAGGUGGGAUACAGUUACCUGAGUUUGGAAAUUGCAGGCAAAAACCAACAGAUGAUAUCAACACGAUGCUCUCGCUCUCUCUGUUCUCGACAUCAUCAGGAGACCGUAACAUAGCAUCAUCCGACAUAACAGAGAGAUGAAGUUUUUAACAUUUAAGAGUUUCAAGAGUAGAGACCUUUUUCUUUUCUCUUCCUUAGCCGUUUCUUGGGAUGAGUACUUAGCCAGGAUCUGGAUCAGGCUUGAUUCAGAUCCUGGAAGUACUUUCCUUCUAAGGUUGUAUUCUUAGAAAAUAAAGUAGAAUCACUUGAAACAAAACACAUGUAAUAAUAAUAUGUUUCCUACU